AUGGUCGCGUCGGAGUUCACCGGGACAUGUGACCAGAAAGCACUUGUCACUGGCGCCCAGACUUGGAAACGCCUUGGAAUUGCCUACUUGCCUAAAUCCCGGCCUAUAGGCUUCUCCACGCACCCAAGCAUCGUCAGACAUAUUGGAGCCAAAAGGCGUCAAAUCGGAGAAUCCAUGCAUAUCCUUGGCUUUGGAGACGAUCUAACUGAACGACAUGCCAAUUACGAGUACGCUGGUGAAUCCGCUCACCAAGAAAAGGUCUGA